AUGUCCAACAUUAAUCUUCCUUUGUCAUAUCCUGCCGAGGAUGGACCCCUACCCAACUCGAAGGGCCAUGCGCCCGAAGGAAUGUCGUCAACAUCUCAUCUCCUGCCAACCUCGCUCCCACCACCACCUCCUCCUGGCGCAUAUCCGGAUAAUCCACCGAGACACAUGAAUUAUGAAGGCGCAACUUCUAUGCCCCCAACACUGGGUGGCUAUCAUGCGCCCAGCUUCCUACAGCCUACUCCCGUACCUCAUCAGAUGCCCUAUGAGCAACAUGGAGGUUAUCCUCCAAACACUCAGGAACCCUUCUAUGAUGGGUAUUCGUCGCCCGUCCUGACUAAAAAGAAGAACACGCGAGCUUCUCAGGCGUGUGAGAGUUGCCGGCGACGGAAACAUAAAUGUGAUGAGCAGAUACCAUGCGGAAUGUGCUCGGGAAAGGGCGUGGAAUGCAAAUACCGUGACCCAGUCCUUAAGCCCACGGACAAGGCUCAGGCCGAUAUCCGGGAUGGUCUCAAUACAGUUCUGGCUUCACUUGAUUCUAUCAUGUCGCACCUGGGGCGCUUCGACCAGAGAUUGACCAAUAUGGAAUCCCUCUUGCACCAGCAUAUCGCGACAUUAACUCCAACGACAGAACCAUCAGCGGACGACGAGUACAAGUGCGCGCCAGCAUCGCCUUACGUGGCUAACGACGCUUCUGCCGACCAUUGCUACGCCGAUCCUUACCGCAAUCACACCUCAUCGGAAUCUAUGCCACUUCGUAUGAUGGCUGAAGAUGAAAUGGAGGUUGAGCCCGGUCCACCUGUUCCCCCUGGUGAGCCCGCGAUUCCCAUCAAUCAUACGACUUUAGCAGGCCUGCUCUUGGAAUGGCCUUCCAUUAGGGAGCUUGCAAAACACCACGUUGAGCGCGAAGGUGUCCGAUUCAUCAGCGAAUACCCCAUCAGCCAAGAACAAAACAGAGGUGUUAUGAUGGUUUAUGGGCAAGGUGAAGAUGCUCACCCAUCGCGACAAGUUCGAGAACCGACCGACCAUGGCCACUUGGACAUGGCGGACGAUUCAUCCGAUACCGCAUCUCCUUCACCGGCGGCUGAUUGGGGCCAGCUUGGUGGACUCAGCCCUCCUGAUCAAGUGGAAUACAAGGGGGCGUUUUGGUUGAUGGCAACCCUGACUUCUCUGAGCCGAAAGUGUGGGCACGAUUUGGUCAGGCACUUUCUGGAUAACCUCCCAGCAUCACAGCCACGUCCAGCGAAACCACAAACAUCAAAGCCCACCUUUGACGUUGGAGGAGGCUCGCAGACGGAAGAAGUGGCAGGCUCAAAGAGAAAACGACCGCCGGGGUUGGAUGGCUCCGAGCCACCACCCGCGCCAUCUCGCACUGGUCGACCAGAUCGGUCCAUCCACACCGCUCUGGUUCUCACGGUUCUGGCUCUGGGUAGCGUUUGCCUUCACCGCGAUAAUGUCCCUGAUGCUGUCCUUCGCAAUGGAGCCAUCCCGCCGCCGUCCGAUCGACGCCCUCGCCGGCGAUGUUCGUCCCAAUCGCACUCGUCGUCGGGUCUGCCCUCGCCGAAGGAGGAAGGGGAUACGAAACUUGACGACCGUCCAUUAUUCCGUGGCGUGGGUGCUUCCGGCGCUGGUAGCAGCCCUACGAAAAACUACGAGGUGAUUCCUGGCUUAGAAUACUUUGCAUAUGCUACGGAUAUCCUUGGCAACCACACUGGCGCGUACAACAUGAAUAAUGUAUACGCCAACAUCUUUGCUGGGAGCUUGGACAAAAUGAGACGAAUCAAGCGCAACAACGAGUUCAUUCAGGAAACCAAGUACAACCAAUUUUCUCUCGCAUUCUGGACCUGCCUGCAGUUAGAAAGUGAUAUCAUUGCAGAGAUGCAACUCCCUCCAUCAGGCCUGCUCUCGCACGAAGAUGAUAUGCCGCACCCCAACAUGAGUCUCUUGCAAGGUUUCGACCAGCGUAUCCUCGACAGCUACCCAGGCCAGCUAUAUCUACGAACUCACCUCAACAGCAUCCACCGAAUGUUCUACGCCCCUGAGGAUCAGGCUAAACCAGGCAAGGAUAAGUUAGGAAAUGUUGGCGUUGUUUCUGAUGCUGUCUCGGGCAUGCAUUGGGUCGCUCCCAGUUUCGCAUUCAGAGAGGAUGAUCCACCCGCAGAUGAUAUUCUGGCGGCAAGAUUGCGAGCAAAGUACUGGGGAGCCCAGGCGAUUACUUACCGCCCAUUCAUCCAACAAAUUCUGCAGUUCUCGCACUCUAUCAAGAACCAUGCAUCGAGCCCCAACUUUCCCAGCGUCAUCUCCGAGUUUCGACAGGAUAUCACUGCACCUGCCAUGCACCCCAAAGCCAGAACGCAUGGCGAUAUCGAUCCUCAAGUUGUCGAGUUGGCCAAAAAGGGCAUCAAGGCGCUUAUCGAGAGCACCCGUGCCUUCCAUGGUCUCGGAGACAAGAGGCCGAUUAUCACCAAUGUUUUCGGCACAGCUCACGCGCAAUGGGGAAACCUGUUAAUCUUAUCAGCUGCAUUCCGUGACCCAAUUCUUCACACUUAUGUGGAUGAGGAACUCCUCCGAACACUGUUCCACAUGACGAUCCAGUUCUUGCGACAGUCGGCAACAGCAACGAGCGCACUUCGAACGGACAUGCAUAUUCUCGAAGGCCUGCAGAGAGAUCUUUUCAGCUAUGAUCAUGAUCCUCGGACCAGCUGGAGCUUCUCGAGCGGCACAAGCGCACCUAGCUGCCAUACUCCAAGGCCUGGUCCCAUGGCUGCGCAGCCUCGGAUGCCUCAUCAAAUGGGCGACCAAGGGCAUCUACGAUCCAUGCCUCACCAUUUACAGAUGAACCCAUCGCACCGGCAGUGA